AUGCAGUUCUCGCCUCCCCCGGACAUCGACUCCCUCCCCACACGCCUGCCUCCCCUGACGAGCCAUGAUCGCGACAAGAUGCUCCCCUCCCUCAGCAGCGUGACGGGCGACGUGAGGCUCGAUCGGCCGCCGCCCUCGGGCCCGCCCUCGCACUGGCCCUCACUAAACGGAUCCAUGGCCUACCGCCAGCCCCCUCCGCCGUCGCAGCAGCAGCAGCAGCAGCAGCAGCCCGACAGUCCGGCGAACAUGGACGUCGACGGCAGCAGCGUCACCAGCACCGCCACGCCCCCAGCCGGCGCCGACGGCCCCAACGCCCUUAGUAUCGACGACCCCGACGUGCGCCUCGCCGCCGAGGCCCUGGGCGACCUUCGAGCUGAUUUUGUCUCCUCCCCUCCGGACAGCGGCUCGCUGCCGCCCAUGAGCCCCCAGACCAUGGCCGCGCAAGCCCCGACCUCAUCGCGAAACUCGCGGUCGCCGCAGCAGUCGGAGCCGCUCCUGUCGCUCCUCACGACCUCUCACCCGCUCAUCAGCAGCACCAUUGGCGGUGCCAGCUCCGCCUACGGGGGGGCCAAGAACUUUUCGCCUCGUUUCAAGUCGGGCGCCGAGUACGUCGAGGGCUACCUGACACCCAUCGCCAAUACGGUCAACUCGGUCGGCCGCGCCACGGGCGUCGAGGGCGGCGUCCGGUGGUUCCUGGGCGCCGGGCGUCGACACGCCGCCCCCACCGACGAAGACGGCGGCUCCAAGAAGAGGCGCAAGAUGGGCGGCUCCGGCGAGACGAGCCAGGGCGUCAUGGAGCAGGCGAGGGACCUCAAGAAGCUGUCGGAACUCACCGACUCGCCGUCGUCGGACCUAAGGAGCCCGCGGCGCCUCUCGUCGGCCAGCACCGUGGACACGCUCCCGGCCUACGACGACAUGCGUUCACCCGCCUACACGGAGACGGACAACCCGCAGAGCCCGCCGCGGUCCAACCCUUCCAACGCCCCGUGGCAGUCCCGCCUCAUCAUGUCCACGUCGGGCCUCAGCGUCGCCAUGAGCGCUGAGAGCCUGCGCAGCCUCAAGUACUGCCUAAAGUGGUUGCGCUGGAGCAACGACCACAUGGGCCGCGUCAUCGGCAACCUCAAGUCAGCCUUGGAGGAGUACGAAAAGGUCAAUGAUGAGGUGGCCGAGGGCCAGGGCCAAGACGGAAACGACGAGCCGCUCGCCGCGGGCCAGAAGACGCCGCAGGAGUCGCGCGUGGAGCUGGCCAACAAGAUCAACACGCUCAAGGGCGACGUCCUCAAGACGCUGCAGGACUCCAUCAACACCGUGUCCAAGUACGCCGGCGGCGCCCUUCCGGAGAACGCGCGGACACUGGUGCGCCGACACCUCACCAGCUUACCGCAGCGGUUCCGCGUGGCGACCAUGACGAGCAGCCCGGAGGGUGGCGCCAAGGACAGCGAUUCGGCGAUUCGCGAAGGCGCGCAAAAGGUGCUGGUGCUGGCCAAGGAGGGUCUCGACAUGGUGACGCAAAUCACGGGCGUCGUCGACGGGACCAUUGUGAGCGCCGAGGAGUGGUGCGAGCGCAUGGGCAAGAAGCGGCGCCCGUCGACCGACGAGGACAGGCCGCUACCUCCGACGCACGAGACGAAUGGCGAUGUCAAGAUGGGGUGA